AGCCCGGCAAGAAAGAUGCUGCCAACUCUCAAGAUCUGGACAUUGUUUUCCGUGUGGCUCUGCUUCCUAUCGCAGCCGGCUCAUUUAAAGAAGGCUUUCCGAUGUCCUUCAACAUGCAGCUGCUCGCGGGAGUCCAUCAUCUGCGUCGGGUCCUCCAAUGUCCCCAGGAUAAGCCCCAACGACGUCAAUUCUCUGAGUAUCGUCAAUGGGACUUUCUCUGAGGUCAAAGAGGCGAUGUUUGCUCACAUGCCAUCCCUGCAGCUACUGCUUCUGAAUUCCAAUUCUCUCACAACUGUACGGGAUGAUGCGUUCGCCGGCCUUUCACAUCUGGAGUAUCUGUUCAUUGAGAGUAAUAAGAUGGAGACUGCAUCCAAAUAUGCCUUCAGAGGACUCAGGGACUUGACUCACUUGUCUUUGGCAAACAACAACAUUCAAGCAUUACCCCGGGACGUGUUCAACGACUUGGACUCACUGAUAGAGCUGGAUCUGCGAGGCAAUGCUUUCGAGUGUGACUGCCGUGCCAAGUGGCUGAUGACGUGGCUGAAGAACACCAACGCCACGGUGUCGGAUGUCGUGUGUGCUGGACCAGAGGACAUGAAGGACAAGCGGCUCAAUGAUAUGACCAGCCUGCACAACGAGUGCAUCUCAACGGAUUUCGUCCUCCAUCAGUCCCUGGCAUCUGAGUCUCUGUCUGUGGACACAUUCAGCUAUAAGAACGACGUAUAUGUGACGAUAGCUGCUCCCAGCGCAGAGAGCUGUAUGGUUUUCCAAUGGGACCACAUAGAAAUGAACUUCAGGACUUAUGAUAACAUCACAGGUCAGUCCAUUGUUGGGUGCAAGUCAGUGGUCAUCCAGGAUCAGGUGUUUGUCAUCGUGGCUCAGCUUUUCGGUGGUUCCCACAUCUACAAGUUUGAUGAGGACCAGAGCAGCUUCAGCAGGUUUCAGGACAUCGAGGUGUCCAAGAUCUCCAAGCCCAAUGACAUUGAGGUGUUCCAGGUGGGCUCUGACUGGUUUUUCGUGAUUGCUGACAGUUCGAAGGCAGGCCUGUCCACCCUCUACAAAUGGAACGAUAAGGGCUUUUAUUCCUACCAGUCGCUGCAUGAGUGGUACCGCGACACAGACGCAGAGUUCCUGGACUUGGACGGGAAGGCGCACCUUAUCUUGGCUAGCCGCUCGCAGGUGCCUGUGAUCUACCAGUGGAGCCGGAGCAACCAGAAGUUUGUCCUGCAGGGCGAGAUUCCUCACAUGGAGGACGUUGUAGCUGUGAAGCACUUCCGGAUCAAGGAUGAACUCUACCUGGCUAUGACGCGUUAUAUUGGUGACUCCAAAAUCCUUCGUUGGGGUACCAAGCAGUUUGCAGAGAUCCAGGCCUUGCCCUCACGAGGCUCCAUGAUCCUCCAGCCCUUUUCAUACAAAGAGCGUUACUACCUGGCUCUGGGAAGCGAUUACACCUUCUCGCAGAUCUACCUGUGGGAUGAUGAGAACAAACUCUUUGACCGCUUCAAGGAGGUGUACAUCCAGGCCCCGCGCUCCUUCACUGUGGUUUCCACCGACCGCAGGGACUUCAUCUUCACCUCGAGCUUCAAAGGAAACACGCAGAUCUUUGAGCACAUCAUCAUUGACUUGAGCUUGUGAGGGGCUUUGUCAUGGCCCCUCCUGCAAUCAAACGUCUUCCACUAAAAAGAUUGGUGGAGGUGGGAAAAAAAGGACUAAAACCCACUUUUUCAUUUUCAAUCCCUUCAUUUGUUUCCGUCCCAAAUAAAAGCUGGGUAAAGUAUCCUUAUCAUUUUCAAGCUUGACGUUUUCUCAAUGGACUUCAGAGACUGAGAGGGGGAGUCGAGAGGGUGGACAAGUGUACAAGGAGACUGGAAUUCUCCUUAAAAUCCAGCUUACAUUCCUAAAGGUGUAAUACUUUCAUAUAAUUUGGAUCUAUUUUCAGUUUAAUAUCCCCUAUCUUAAUGGUUUUAUACCCCUUAUAUACAACAAGACCUACGAGAAGUAUCAUAUUACGAAUUUAGUUGAGUUCUCAUUUAGGGCAUACAAUAGGUGUGGUUGCUUCUCGUGUGCCACUUACCUCAUGCCCUCAUGUGGUGAUUGUUGCCUUAUCAGCUCUGGGGUUCUGUGUCCUGAUUGGCCCACAGUGCCUCCCUCUGGCCGUGAGGAAGUAUCACACCCCUCUGCUUUUUCCAUACAGGGAAUGUCUUGAAAGCACAAACCUUUAAUUAUCGUAGGUGAGACCCCAGCCCUUAGAGUGUAGUUGGUACGAGACAAAUGUUACUGUAGGUGCUAUAGAUUAUAUCGCGUACAGUAAAUAAGUGGUUUGGGAGGGGGAGAAAUAUUCAGGACUGGAUAAAGCUAAGGCUUUAUAUAUAUAUAUAAACUUUUAGACCAGACUAACUAUAGUUGGCACUGAUAGAAGCUCUUUUAGUGUUUCAGGGAUGUCAAAAACCUACAUACAAAUUAAAAAAAUAACCCAAGUUGAUGUACUACUGACAUCAUUUAACUUUUUAUUUUUCAACUAAAACUUUAAAAGGCUCCUCACCGAAGUAGUCAUAGCUCAAAUAUAUUAACAAAAUAAAAAGACAUGAUUUGUUUGUGUACAAAUGAAGGAAACAAUGUGUUUAUGUAAAUAUGUUCACUCUGAGAGGCUUUUUCCGUCUGUCAUUCUCUUCUUACUAAUACUGAAUGUUAACUUACAAGCUACAAAAUGUACAUACAACAUGGACUGCAAUGCCACUACCUGUUUGUCACACAAAAACUGAACAGAACUUUGCACUUACUUAAAAAAAUAAAUAAAAAAAACGUUAAUGCAAC